AUCAACAAUACCUUAUCCAUUAAUAGAUAUCAAUGCAAUUGAAUGGAGGAGAAUAAUUCUUUUCUAGACCCACUUCAAAGCAGUUAUAAAUAUCAAGUAGCUGAAGCUCUUAAUUAUUCUUCAAAGAAAACCCCAAAGAAAGCAUCAAAACAAGCAUCGAGAACACCAUCAAAAAUGCAGGCUGCCACAGUGUGCUUCACAGGGCCAAUGCCAUUGAAAAGCACCAAGACAUUGGUGCCAAGGAAAUCAACCAAGACCUAUAGAACAGUGAUCUGCCCGAAGGCUGUAGCUGUCGCCGCGCCCGACAACGAUACCGUUGACUAUACCUCCUCAGCUUCUGUGUUUCCGGCAGAAGCCUGUGAAACAAUUGGUGGAACAGCAUGCGACGUGGAGAUGUUUCCUGAAGUGAAGCUCCAAUCACAGCCCAGCAAUGCUAAAGCAAAAGUUGCCUCCACGGAAAUUGAUCGAGACUAUCUAGAGUACAAUGAACCUAGAACGGUGUUCCCAGAUGAGGCAUGUGAUGACCUUGGAGGAGAAUUCUGUGAUCCUGAGUACCAGAGGGGUGGUUAAUGAGAAUAGGCUACAUGUUUAAGUUACUAGAAUUGCUCGGUCUCCAGUUCCUUGUGGUUAAGCAGUAAGGUUGCACUAAUUAUGGGUUAGCAGCACACUAAUGGAGUUCAAUACCUAUAGAACUUUAUGUACUCUGUAGAUAAAUUGCUUUGGUGUCAUACGUGAAUAUAUUAUGAAGUGUGGUGUUUCUAUGUUA